AUUUUCCAAUUUACUUAACACUUUAACACUGCUGUCAAGACCACAAUAAAUACAAAGUGGUGCAUGAAAUCCUGAAUGUGUUGAUUUUUCCAGGGUGCGGCUAUUCUUGAGUGGAGGGUAAUUACGGUACUGGGCAUGCGCAGUGUUCUCCAGCAUCAUUAAGUAGAGCAGAAGGAGGCGAGAGGGAAAACAGUGGCACGGAGAGAGAGGGCAGAAGUUAGAUGGCGCUUUCCUUUGUCACCGCGUCUCUCUGCUCAUGAACAUCGACCUGGCAUAUCUGCGAUCCGUGAAAUCAAACCGUCUGUCGCCGAUUCACCUCCAAGUUAUUCUUCAUUUCAUCCAAGAAACGGUCUGAACCUGUGGCCACGAUGAUGGAAGAAUCGGUGUCCACAUUUGAGACGCAUCUGACGUCUGUCAUGGACAGUCUGAUCCGUGCCUCGGUGUGCGAGAUCUCCAAACUCUUCCAGGAUAUGGUGAACGACUACCUGAUGGAGCUGUCCCUCAACAGGAAGGAGAACGAGGCUCUCAAACAGCGGCUGAGGCUCACCGACCACAAGCUGAGAGCCGAGCGCAAGUACGGCAUGGGCUGGGCCGCGCAGCGCCGCAGCGCCGGGCUGUCGGCGGCGGAGGAGCGGGCUGGAGGGCGGCAGAAACGAAAAGUUGCGGAGGCCCGAGGCAAGUCAAAGAAGGGCCCGGCAGCAGCCUAUGGCAAACGCUGGCCUGGAGUUGUGUGGGAGGAAGGAGGAGGAGGAGGAGGAGCUGUGGGGAUGGUAGCAGGAGGAAGAGGGGGAAAGGAGGCCAGGGAGAUGUACCUCAUCCAGUACCCCGGGGAUGAAGAGGAUGAGGGAGGGAUGAUGGAGGACGAGGAAGGGGAGGGCAGCCUCAGCGGUGAGAGGGAGGAGCCGGCCAACAUCAAAGAGGAGGUGAGGGAGACAGGCUUUCUCAGAAGAGGAGGAGGAGGAGGAGGAAGAAGUGGCACAGCAUCUCUGCAGCUUCAUAUCAAAUGGAAAAUAACUGAAAAAGAGAGAUGAGAGAGUUGUGCUUGUGUUUGUCGGCCAUCAAAUCCCCGCUGAGAUGCACUUGAUGACGGGAAGGAUAUUGAUUUGAUAUUUAGCUUCCCGAUGAGCCGCUCUCCGCCUCGCAAGUUCAACAGCUUUUAGGUAGAAAGUAGAGGUGAAAAGCUGUUUGCUUAAAACACCCACAUGAACAGUAAGGCACAUAUUCCCUCUUCACUUAUCUUCUGUAUUUGCAUAUUCAAAGCAUGCAGAAUGUGUUGUUGGCCUCCAUGGGAAGUCAUUACAAGUUGUUUUUGAGGACUGACGCAUAGUGAUGGGAAUUAUGGCUCUUUGAAGGGAGCCAGAUCUUAUGGCUCCGUUCCUUUCAAAGAGCCUUUCAAAA